CAUUGCUUUGAAGCUUCUUUAUUUUAUCCUUUAAUUACUUCCAUUAAUUCGUGCCUCAUUGUCACCUUUGCUUAGCAUUUACAGCUAGACACUCCUAUCAAAUAAAUCACCUUACUAUAUAAACCCUAAAUUCUCCUCACCAACUCAAAGUUCUCCAUAUUACUCCAAAACUUUCUUCUAAAGUUGCAAAAAAGCAACUAAAAAAUCUUAUAGAACAAAGGGAAAGAAAUGGAGGGGUUGAUCCCAUUAGUAUACAAAGCAAUAGUAGAAUACAAAAAUGCAGGUAGGACAACAUGGUUGAAUGAGUCGCCUUCAGCUUCUUACAUGAGACUUCCAGGUGAUUCAGGCCGUUUUGAAACAUCUGAUAUACAGCUUUUUGGACAUGCAGAUACUAGGUUUUCGACAACUUCAUCAUCGUCACCUUCUGCAGCCACUGUCACCAAAAGAAUGGUCUCCGGCGGUGUGCAGUCGCCGGCUAGGUGCCAUCGGAUUUCUGCUCGUGCAGUAAAGUGAUCAUGAUCUUUAUGUUGAAGAAGAAAAACAAGGUGAUAUAUGGUGGACUUAAAUGAUUGUAACAAGAGAGUAGUUUUUCGUGUGUGACAAGCUUCUUCUCCUCUUUUAAAUUUCCUUUGAUGGUUUUUAGUUUGGUGUAAGUUUUGAGGAUAACCAAAUUAAAGGGACCUCAGACUUAUGCUUACUUUGGUGGUUUGUUGUUUGGUGUAAGUUUGAGGAUAACCAAUGGGAACUCAGACUUUUGCUUUUGUAUGUGUAAUUUCAAAGUGUAAAUAUUGGUUAUGUAUAUGUUAUGUGGUGUAUGUGUGAUAAAAAUUGUCAUAAUUUCUGUUCA